CGUCAUUAAUUUAGCAUACGAACUCCCGUAUUCCGAAACAAAAUGAACCACGACUACAAAAGUGCUCAUAAAAUAAAAUUUAAAUAGUAUAAAACAUCGUGAGUCGUCAAUAAUAAUGGCCACAUUCUGCUUGUGCAUAUAUAUAUUACAUUGAUACGCACCUGCUGGUGUCGCUUAGCUUGUCAUAAUCCUCUGUUAACUUAAGACGAAGAGAAAAACAAAAGAAUAUGAACACAACCAAGAAGGUGUUGGAUGUGUCACCGUUCUUGCUAUUAGAAUCAUCUGCAGAUUCUGAUUCCUAUCGCCAGGGCGGAGGCGCCGAUCAGAUCGAGGGUGCCCACGACGGCGAACCCAACGUUAACAAUAACGAUUACGCGGAUCGAGAUGAUACUGAUGAGUCUUGUACUGCCAAUCCAUACGAGACGUCUUGUGUGACGACCUGGACACCGAUUUUCGACGCGGAGGAUACGGUGAAAGAAGAAAUAAUUCUCACAGCAGGGGAGGAAGAAGAUGAGGACGGAGAAGGAGAGGUGAACAGCUACAUCAUAAGAUAUAUGAGAAGUCAACGUGAAAAUCUGACUGUUGAUUCUAGUGCGGUGGUGAGUGAGAUGGAUAAAAAUCGAAUGUUCUGGGAAGCUUGUCUCGCUUCCUGAUCUGUCUCACUGAGAGGGAAAACGAACACCGUCUUCUUGUCUAAGCUGACUAGGUCUAAUACAUGUCUAUCUUUCUUUCUUUUUUUUUGGGAUUUUUGCUUGCAAAGGUGUCCAAGAAUCACAUCUACCCAUCAAUUAUGUCCACAGAUUUCUUCAUCAAAUAACAAAAGUAUCAACAAUACAUCAAUCUAAUCGAGUUCUCUUGUUAAUAAUAGUAAAAUUAUGUUUUCACAUGUAUCCAGUUACAAACCCUUCAACAUCUAAUUAAACACUAAGAAACGAAAAAAAUGGUUAUGAUUUAUCUACAACU